AUGGCCGAUAGCUCUCAAAGUGCGGUGACACCAGGGUCGAGCAACGGCAAGUCACCCGCCAUCAAGGAUAGGGACUGCCCAUUCUGUGGCCAACGAUUCACAUCUUCCUCUCUGGGUCGCCAUCUGGACCUCUAUAUCAAAGAGCGCAAUCCAAAACCUCCUGAUGGCAAACAUGAUCUCGACGCGAUCAGGAGCAUAAGAGGGAACAUCACUCGCCGACAGCCGCGCCAUCCGGCUCGGCGGAAUGGCUCUACACCUUUGAGCUCAAGAGACAUACAAUCACAUCCAUCGAACUCGCCAAGUCUGCAAAAUCAUCACUUAGGGUUGAAUGACACAGACGGCGACGCCUAUCAAACUUACAUCAACAGAGCGAAUUGGCAGUCGACCGGUGUAAUCAAUGAUUUACCACCAACUCAACGUAGUGGCCCCCAUUCUUACUCGACGAGACACUCUGGUCACGCAAAGGAGGAGAUGCUCCGGAAGCAGGAUUAUCUGGAAUCGCGUGAUCAAGCCCAGGCAACUGAGCUUGCCUUGCAAGAGUUGCUGGAAAGUUUAAAGGCGGCAAGACGUCGCGCGCAUCCUUCAACGCCCUUCGACUUCAACUUCUUUGAGCUCAAUUUACCACAAAUGUACCUUCGUUGUUUGGCACCCCCGCAAAGCUUCUUGACUGCACCGUCGCAAAGGCCACACGAUCUGACGUGGACUACCACAGCACCUGAGGCAGAUCAAUAUGAACAGAUGAGGGCUUGGCUGUCCUCAAAGCUGACCGAUUGGCAGCGAAUUCGUUCACAUACAGAUUUCGGCAGCUCGUUUACCCAGGAUAUCGCAAUUGGGAAUGCGCAACAUAUGACUGAAGUCGAACGGGUCAAGCAAGCGGAGCCGUCAUAUUACAAACAUCUAGAGACAUCCUUCAACGAGUGGUCAAAGCUAUCAGAUGUCGAGAGGCGAGAUGCAUGGCAGUAUGAGUGUGCUCGAGCAUUUGCUAGGGAGCAAGAGAGACACCAAGCGAGUAUCAGGAAGCUUGAUUUGCAGGAACAGGAGAUACAAUUACUCAAAGCUCGACUCGAUCGUUCCUCUCAAGAAGACGGGGAGUCGCAGAGGUGCCUUUAUCCUCUAACAAUUACACGAUUGUCGAAGGAGACUGUCAAUUAUCUCCCUGCAUCAUUAGAUCUGGAAUUCAGAGAUCAUAUAGCUAGGUGGCGAGAAAAGCUUCGAAUCGCGAGGAGCAUACAGCAGCCGCUGCCCCCUGUAGAGAGCAGUACUCCUACGAUCUCUAAAUUUGACACUAACGGUCAUUACGCAACGCCUUUCGCGGAGCGACGUGAUGGAUGGCAGAACAGAAACGGAUCGAUGGCAGGCAACGAUGUCGACGGUUCGGAACUUGCUGAUGCUCCCGGCGAAGUUGACACUGAUACGAUUGAUGGUUCGCAUCUGCAUGGUUCGCAAGACCUACACACGCUUGGCCUGCAAGGACGCAGCCAAGAAUCUUCAAAUGGUGCGACUGAUGAUACUGACGGUCAUGGACAUGGGCUAGGAAAUUGA